GGGCCAGCCAGCUUGCUCCCCAGCCACCCAUUGCCUCCUGGCAUCCUGAGGGGCGACUCAUUGGCCUGCACUGCUUCCCCUGGUGGGCCACACUCGCCCUCUACCUCUCCAGACACGUGGUCCACUGGAGCUACUAAAUUUGGGAACUCCCGAACUCCCCAGACUCGGUUGGCUUGGUGGCUUCAGGCCCACCCCGGUGCCCGAAGGCACUCCCGUUACCCUUGGUUGUGGGAGGUUCCUUGGGAAGUCACAGCUGAUGGACUUGCUUGACCCCAGCCAGCCCCCGUGGCCGCCCGUGCCCUGCUGGGCCUUCUGACCACCAGGGAAGGAGCCAAGAUGGCUGGCGCUCCCUCCAGCCAGGGACAUAUCCUGGCCAGCUGGGAGGGCAGGCCAGAGAGGCACGGAGCCAGGCCAGGAUGACGUCUCGGGAGCAGCUGGUACAGCAGGUGCUUCAGGAGCUGCAGGAGGCCGUGGAGUCCGAGGGCCUGGAGGGUCUCGUGGGUGCUGCUCUGGAGGCCAAGCAAGUCCUGUCGUCCUUCACCCUCCCCACCUGCCGAGAGGGGGGUUCCGGCCCCCAGGUGCUGGAGGUGGACUCCGUGGCCCUGAGCCUGUACCCGGAGGACGCUCCCCGGAACAUGCUGCCGCUGGUGUGCAGAGGCGAGGGCAGCCUGCUGUUCGAGGCCGCCAGCGUGCUGCUGUGGGGCGAUGCCGGCUUCAGCCUGGAGCUGCGGGCCCGCACGGUGGUGGAGAUGCUGCUGCACCGGCAUUACUACCUCCAGGGCAUGAUCGACUCCAAGGUGAUGCUGCAAGCCGUGCGCUACUCCCUGCGCUCUGAGGAAUCCCCCGAGAUGACCAGCCUGCCAUCCGCCACGCUGGAGGCCAUCUUCGACGCGGAUGUCAAGGCCACCUGCUUCCCCAACAGCUUCUCCAACGUGUGGCACUUGUACGCCCUCGCCUCCGUCCUGCGGCGCAACAUCUACUCCAUCUACCCCAUGCGAAACCUCAAGAUCCGGCCCUACUUUAACCGCGUCAUCCGGCCCCGCCGCUGCGACCACGUGCCCGCCACGCUGCACAUCAUGUGGGCCGGCCAGCCCCUCACCAGCCACCUCUUCCGCCACCAGUACUUUGCCCCCGUGGUGGGGCUGGAGGAGGUGGAGGCCGAAAGCGACCCCGGCCUGCCCCCGGCGCCUCCAGCCCUGGCCCCGCUGCCGCCACCCGCCAAGACCCUGGCGCUGCUCAACCAGGAGCCCGGCCUCAGCUACUCCCACCUCUGUGAGCGCUACAGCGUCACCAAGAGCACCUUCUACCGCUGGCGGCGGCAGUCCCAGGAGCACCGGCAGAAGGUGGCCACGCGCUUCUCCGCCAAGCACUUCCUGCAGGACAGCUUCCACCGCGGGGGCGUCGUGCCGCUGCAGCAGUUCCUCCAGAGGUUCCCCGAGAUCUCCCGCUCCACCUAUUACGCCUGGAAGCAAGAGCUCCUGGGCUCUGGCACUUGCCAGGCCCUGGCCCCCAAGGAGGUGCAGGUGCUGGAGGAGCUGGAGAAGCUGCCGGACGAGCAGAUCGCCAAGGGGCUGGGAUGCUCGUCGCUGGCCGUGUCGAGCCCUGGCAUGAUCUUAAUGCAGCGGGCCAAGUUGUACCUGGAGCACUGCAUCUCCCUGAACACACUGGUACCCUAUCGCUGCUUCAAACGCAGGUUCCCCGGCAUCUCGCGGUCCACCUACUACAACUGGCGCCGGAAGGCCCUCCGAAGGAACCCCGGCUUCAAGCCGGCGCCGGCCCUCUCCACGGCCGGGGCUCCCCAGCCAGCGUCUGUUCCGGAGGAGGCCCUGCUCCCUUGGAAGGGUGAGGUGGGAGAGGGGCCGGGCCAAGCGACUGCGGGGGGACCGCCCGCCCCCCGUGAGCUCCUGCCCCCAAAGGUGCCCCUGUCCCGUUGGCAGAGGCGUCUGCGCAGGGCUGCCCGCAAGCAGGUGCUGAGCGGGCACCUCCCUUUCUGUCGCUUCCGCCUCCGCUACCCCAGCCUGUCGCCCUCUACCUUCUGGGUCUGGAAGAGUCUUGCCCGGAGUUGGCCCAGAAGCCUGUCCAAAUUCCAGAUGCAGGCCCCCAGCUUGGGCAAAGAAGGGAUGGAAGCUGAGGAGAAGCAGGAGCAAGAAGCCUGCAGGGAUGUGACCGCUGUGACGGCCCCUCCUGUGGGAGACCCCCCGCGGGUGGGGUCUUCUCCAGGAGAGGAUCCGGGGAAAGCCCAGGGAGGGCCUUCCAGAGAGGGGGCCACGGCCCAGGGCCGGCCCCACAGCAGCCUCCCUGUGACCGAGGCGGCAGUGGGUGGCAGGGACGGCCAAGUGCUGGUGAUGGACAUGCUCGCCACCACAAAGUUCAAGGCCCAGGCCAAGCUGUUCUUGCAGAAACGCUUCCAGUCUAAGAGUUUCCCCUCCUUCAAGGAGUUCAGCGCCCUCUUUCCCCUCACUGCCCGCUCUACCUACUACAUGUGGAAGCGGGCACUCUAUGAUGGCCUCACGCUGGUUGAUGGCUGACAAGGAGGUGUGAAGGGGGCUGGGAGGAGAGGGGACCCGUUUGCAGAGGGUCAGGGACCUAAGCUGACGCCUGGCUUGGCCAGGAUGCCCUUUGCUCUGGCUCCCACAGUGUCUGCCUUGACUCCAAGGGCAGCUUUGCGUUGUUUCUUGGCUCUCCGGCAGACAGAGCCCGAAAUCAGCCCUCUGGUCUCCUGUGGAGAGCUACAAGACCAGAAACGUUCUCCAUUUCAGUUGUUUGCCAUUCUUGCUUUUUAUUGUUGUCUUGGUUUUAGUUUUUUUUUUGUUUGUUUGUUUUUGUUUUGAUUUGAGUGGAUUGGCUGGGCCCCCUGGCUGGUGUUGGAAACUGUAUGUUUGGGGUGGGGGUUUGGUUAGCUAAAGUUGCUUUCAGCUCUUCCUGGGGACGGAAGAAGUAUUGUAACAUGGCGAUCUGUCCCAUUAAGCAGAAUGUAGGUCUUCAGUUUCUUUUGGGGGUUGGCACCCUCCUUACUCAAAGCUGUUUCCCAAAGGAACAUUAGAAAUCAAACGUGGAGCAGGCCAGUGGCUUCUCUCUGGUGCCCCCAAAGGAGAGGGUGCCGGGCUCAGCAUGAGACGUGAGGGCAUACAGGAAGAACCUCUAGGGGAAGACCCUGGACUGGAUCACGGAGGUGCUGGCCUGUCCCUUGCAAGGAGUGUGGUAAGGGGCUGGGGGAGGUGCCUUCGAGUCUCUGCUGGUGCUUGGCCCGUCUGCUGUGGACGCUUCAGUCCUCUGCCAGCCUGGUUGGCUCUUGGGGACCCUUGUCUUUCUGUUGAGUCCCUCCUCAGAGCCUGUGCCCCAUCAGUGAGAGACCAUACGGUGGCCAGGCAGGUGAGUAACUGAAUUUGCAUUGUCCAAGAGUCAAGUUGGAAAACCAAAGAAAUAAAGUGAUGUGGUGCCCAUA